AUACAUAUACAAUUUCUCUCGCUACCCUAAGUUAUUUUCAUUCUUUAUUUUUUUUUCUUGACGAUCUCCACGAUGUUCUCAUCGUGUCUCCCAUUCCCUUAAUUAUAAUCUCCAUUUCGUUUCUCCUGAUUCUCUUCAGAACUCUUAUUCCUCUCCUUGAAGAUCUCUGAAUCUGAUUAAUUUAAUUGGAGAUAUUUGAGAGGUUUUGGGAUCUAAUUGGUGAGAGUUUAAGGGAUUGGCUUGUGGAUUUGGAGAAUGGCUAGUAUAUCUCAGUCUUCUGUUGGAUUUAUUGGAGCUUCGGCUUCGGAUCUUUUUCGGAGCUCCAGAAACGGCGUGAGUGGUGUUCCUUUGAAAGUGUUAGGUAGGACGCGGUUUAGUGUGAAUCAGAGUGGAUUAGUUGUGACUGCAAAGCUUAGGAAGGUGAAGAAGCAUGAGUAUCCAUGGCCUGACGAUGCUGAUCCAAAUGUGAAAGGUGGAGUACUCUUUCAUCUCUCGCCUUUUAAGCCGUUGAAGGAGAAGCCAAAGCCUGUGACUUUGGAUUUCGAGAGACCACUUGUUGAGCUAGAAAGGAAGAUCAUCGAUGUGAGGAAGAUGGCAAAUGAAACUGGUUUGGACUUCUCUGAUCAGAUUGCAUCUUUGGAGAAUAAAUAUCAACAGGCUCUAAAAGAUUUGUAUACACAUCUGACUCCUAUACAACGUGUGAAUAUUGCAAGGCAUCCUAACAGACCCACUUUCCUUGAUCAUGUAUUUAACAUUACUGAGAAGUUUGUGGAACUUCAUGGGGAUCGAGCUGGAUAUGAUGAUCCUGCUAUUGUUACUGGUAUAGGAACCAUAGAUGGCAGGAGGUACAUGUUCAUGGGUCACCAAAAGGGUAGAAACACGAAAGAAAACAUUCAGCGUAACUUUGGAAUGCCUACUCCUCAUGGUUACCGGAAGGCUCUCCGCAUGAUGUAUUAUGCAGAUCACCAUGGCUUCCCAAUUGUUACAUUCAUUGAUACACCUGGUGCAUAUGCAGACCUAAAAUCUGAGGAAUUGGGUCAGGGUGAAGCAAUUGCUCACAAUUUGAGGACCAUGUUUGGUCUUAAGGUACCAAUUAUUUCCAUUGUUAUUGGGGAGGGCGGCUCUGGUGGUGCGCUUGCCAUAGGCUGUGCCAAUAAAUUGUUGAUGCUUGAAAAUGCAGUUUUCUAUGUUGCCAGUCCAGAAGCAUGUGCAGCUAUAUUGUGGAAGAGUGCCAAAGCUGCCCCAAAGGCGGCUGAGAAGCUGAAGAUUACUUCGACGGAGUUGUGCAAGCUAAAUAUUGCAGAUGGCGUGAUCCCUGAGCCACUGGGAGGUGCACAUGCUGAUCCGUCUUGGACUUCACAACAGAUAAAACAAGCUAUAAAUGAAUCAAUGGAUGAGCUCCUAAAGAUGGACACGCAGCAGCUACUAAAACAUCGCAUGCUCAAGUUUCGGAAAAUUGGUGGAUUCCAAGAAGGAAUCCCAAUUGAUCCCGAGAGAAAAGUCAACAUGAAAAAGAAAGAAGAACCUAUUGUUGGCACAACUUCAAACGAAGAAUUGGAGGGUGAGGUUGAACAUCUGAAACAGCAAAUUUUGAAAGCUAAAGAGACUUCUACAACACCUCCAGAGGUGGCUCUUAAUCAGAUGAUGGAGAAACUGAAAAGAGAGGUUGAUCAUGAAUUUUCUGAAGCAAUUAAAGCCUUGGGCUUGAAAGACAGGUUGGCAAUGUUGCGGGAGGAAUUUUUGAGAGCAAAUUCUCAGGAUCAACUCAUGCAUCCAGUUUUGAUGGACAAGAUAGCAAAGCUUAAAGAUGAAUUCAAUCAAGGUCUGUCAGCUGCUCCUAAUUAUGGAAACCUGAAGUAUAAGCUUGACAUGUUGAUCGAAUUCGCCAAAGCCAAGAAUCUAUCAGAGAGCAAAAGCAAGGCUUCUAAAUUGAAGCAGGAACUCAAUGAAAAAUUCAAAGAAAUUAUUGGUCGACCUGAUAUAAAGGAGAAGAUGGAAGCAUUAAAGGCUGAAAUUCAGGGGAUGGGAGCAUCGAAUUUAGAGGAUCUAGAUGAAGAGCUGCAGGAGAGAAUUGUUUCAGUUAAGCAAGAAAUAGAGUCAGAACUAACUGACGUUCUCAUGUCCAUGGGUUUGGAGGUUAAGGCUGUAAAAUCAAAGGCAAAUGAUCUUAUUGAACAGACUUCAUUAUCAAACUUGAAGGCUAAGAUGGACAAUCUGAAUGAGGAAAUUAACAGAAAAAUAGAAGAGGUUGUUAAUUCAUCAGAUGUAAAAGGUAUGAUAGAAUUACUGAAGUUGGAGAGAGCAAUGGCAGAGAAGACACCAGAUUUGACAUCAAAAAAUAAGAUUGAAGCUCUAGAGCAACAAAUUAAGCUAAAGAUUUCAGAGGCUAUAAGCUCCUCUGACUUAAAGGAGAAGCAUGAAAAGCUGAUGGCUGAGAUCUCUGAAACCACAGAGUCGGCUGGAGGAUUAGAUGGAAGUUUGAAGACUGACAAUUCUGAAUAUGACCAGUCCAGAGUAGAGCUUAAUGUGGGUGCAAACAGUAGCUUUGCUUAGUUAUUUAUGUUUGUAUUAUUAUGCUACCGGUGAAGAUGAUGCAAAGCAGAUGGUAGUGAUUGAUCAAGUCCUUGGAAGAUGAGACCAUGAUGCUGCUGCCACUGCAUGGUCACCUUUGCUAGAGGCCUUACAGUGGUACAGACAGGGCACACUGUUCCUGCUUGAGCACGUUUCUUGGCUGUAACUUGUUCUCCUUUCGUUUGAAUUAGGUUUUAUUGAUUAAUUAGUAUACUUGUUUUAGCAUUUAGGGUUCAAUAAUAAAAUAAUAAUUUGACCCUUAUUUGUAACAAAAAAUUACUUUAUUAAUAAAUGUUUGAGUUUUUGAAA